UAGGGUAGAACCGACGAGCGCGACGCCGGGCAUCUGGUAUCAGUAGUAAUCGUGGGUUACGUGUGACGAGUAGUAGUAGAGUAAUAGUAAUAGUAGUAGUAGUAGAAGAAGUAGUAGUAGUAGUAGUAGUAGUAGCAGUAUAACUACUAGCUGCAGCAGUACUAUUCUAUACUAUAUCAUUAUAGUGUACCAAUAGUGGCGACGACAUUACACAUACACACACACAUUCAUACACACGCAUAAUACACUCAUUAUCCGUUCGCGCCGUCGCCCGGGAUAGUCGCCGAGUGGUCUUAAACCAGUGAAAGUGGUCGUCACACUCGCCGGUCCGCGCCAACCGUCACUACAGUUACCACAAUAUUUAAAAAAAAAAAAUUUUUUUACCACCGUUGUUAAAUUUUGUUAAUAAUCAUUUAAUCGCCUGAAAUUAUUACUUUAUCAUUUUUUUGUUUCGUUUUAUAAUCGUUUUGGUUAACCCCGCACGAUUUAUACGUCGCGGUAAAAUUUUUGGUUUCGAAUCGAUUUUUUUGUUUUGUUAUUUUUAUUUUUUACACUGUGAUCUUUUGUGCUCGUCGUGGAUAUCACCGGGAUCUUCGAAACGAGAAACGAAAAAAACACUAACAAUCCAAAUAAAACGAAUCUACGACGCCCCACGUCCGUCUAAGACCAUCCAAUCCAAACGCCGAAUGACCGAAAACGCGUCUAAUCCUCAUCGUCGCUGACCGCCUUCGUCGUGCCGCCUCGAAUCGUUAUCUUUGGCCAAACAUCGCCAUGGUAAUACUGUCAACAUGGAGUUUGCUAAGCAUAACGGCUUUCGUGUCGCAGAUUUUCGCCAAUACGUUACACGAACACAUGAACGUAGAUGACCUGAUGAGGGUAUUCCACGUAGAACACCAUUCUGAAGUUCCUCAUUACGAAGUGAUCAGCCCGCAUUCCAUCGUCCGAAGGGAUGCGGCCAGUUCGCACAGGGUAAAGCUCAAGGCUUUCGGUGAACACCACGACUUACAGCUGGAGCCGUCCGACAAUCUGCUGGCUGGCGACAAACUUCGUGCGUGGACAGCUCACCACAACUCCACCACAGACACAGUACACUAUACAGAACUGCCCGAUGAACACAUCGGUACACCUUAUCAGGACGUCGACAAACGAGCGGCGCUCAUUUUGCACAACGAUCACAAGGAUGGGACAAUUCUAAUGGAAGGAACCAUAGGUGAUCAUUUGGUAGUUAAGCCAAUCCCUUCAGUGUACAGAAGGCACGUCCAGUCUACUCCAGACGACGAAAUGUUUUUGGACAAAGAGAUCAGUAACGGCGAAGACGUGGUGUCCAAAUAUGGAUUUCCCCUCAAGCCCCAAAAACUUGUUGCUCACCACAAGCACGUCGUGUACCGAAGAAAUCCGGAAGCAGACACCAGUUCCGGAGAUUACGCAUUAAUGGAGCCAGACUCAUUGCCCAGGAGCAGACGGAAAAGGUCAAUCACCAAAAGAGAAGCCCCUUACGCCAUUUAUCCGGAAAUCAUGGUUAUCGUUGAUUACGACGGUUAUAGGUUGCACGGAGGAGACAACGUACAGAUUAAAAGAUACUUUGUAUCCUUCUGGAACGGCGUGGACCUCAGGUACAGACUGCUCAAAGGGCCGAAAAUUCGUAUAAGCAUCGCCGGAAUUAUAAUUUCAAGGGCGCGGGACGCUACGCCAUAUUUAGAACGAAACAGAGUCGGCAGGGAUGCUAUUGACUCGGCAGCCGCUCUAACCGACAUGGGAAAGUAUCUAUUCAAAGAGCGAAGACUGCCAGUGUACGACAUUGCCGUUGCCGUUACCAAAUUAGACAUGUGCAGGAGACAAUACCCACACGAUACAUGCAACAGGGGUACCGCAGGGUUUGCGUAUGUGGGUGGAGCGUGUGUUGUGAACAAACGUCUUGAAAAAGUCAACAGCGUCGCCAUCAUAGAGGACACAGGCGGCUUUUCUGGUAUCAUUGUGGCCGCACACGAAGUCGGUCAUUUAUUAGGCGCUGUGCACGACGGUUCGCCGCCGCCUACUUACUUGGGAGGGCCUGGCGCUGAGAAAUGCCGCUGGGAAGACGGUUACAUAAUGAGUGACUUGAGGCACACUGAAAAAGGAUUUAGGUGGUCGCCGUGCAGCGUUUCGUCGUUUCAUCAUUUCUUAAACGGUGACACGGCUACUUGUUUGUUCAACUCGCCGCACGAAGACGAGUCUUUACCCAGGAUGUUGCCCGGAAAACUGUUGACGUUAGACGCCCAAUGCAGAAAAGACCGAGGGACCAGUGCUUGCUUCAAAGAUGAUCGGGUAUGUGCUCAGCUGUUCUGCUUCGACGCUGGAUCGGGCUACUGCGUAGCAUAUAGACCAGCGGCAGAAGGUUCCCCUUGCGGAGACGGACAACAUUGUACGAACGGCAAAUGUAUAACUGAACACGAAAAUAUUAUCCCAGAUUUCUCCCAAAACACUCCAUCGUAUCUUCGCAGAACGGGAGAAGUUCACGAGGGAGAUGCGACGCAGAACUGGCCUCAAUAUUUGUCUCCUAAUAUUACAACUCAAAGGUCCGUAUGGAAUGACUUUUGGAAGACUACACAAAAGACUACUCGUACCCCCCUUGUUAACAACUACUCGUACAACCAUAAAUACACACCAAACUCCUAUCAAACACUAACUACAACGACUGAAACAUAUGACACUCAACUUUCGCUUUUGCCACAACAACAGUACAGUAAUAAGAACAAGAACGAAGACCCCUUAGCUUUACUGCUUAAAAACAAAUACUAUCAUUUGGGGCCGCAAGAGUUGAAAACUGUCAAUCAUCAACUUCUAUUACCCAAUAACCCAAAUGCUGAUGAAUGCGUCGACAAGGCUGGAGCAAUGGACAAGUGGGGAGCCGUAUCAUGUUAUGAUUACCUAACUAAAUACGGCUUAGGAUACUGUUCGAAUCAAUACAUCCAGGAAAACUGUUGCGCUGCAGUCAAAUACAUUUGCAACAAUGCACAAUAUGCGCUUAACGGCUGAACAGCUCGUUUAUUUUAUUCACCAUAUGAAUAAUACAACAUAAAUAAUCUCUGUGAGAUUAACUGAUUAUUAUUAUUUAUACAUUGUUACUCUUUAAUAAAUAAAUAAAUAAAACAACUUAAAA